AUGUUUAUCAAAGUCGACUACGACAGAGAUCUUGCGCUUGAUUUGGUUGAUGCUGCUCGGUAUUUCUUAGAUGCCACAGGCAUCAAGAGUGUCCUCUUGCAUGCUAUGAACCCUUCUCCCAUUACCGCCCCCGGGAUUCCUCCUUUGUGUCCCCACUGGUCUAGGCGACAGGUCCCAUGGGAGAAUAUACACAAAGUGGGCAAUAGAUUCGGUGGUGGUGAUGAUAGCUUAUAUCUUUCCUUUGGAGGCACUCAUCACAUAUUGCUAUCCGAACCACCAGUCUUAGCCAUCAGCGGAUUUGAGGUGACCAGGAUAAAGGCGACAAGUCAUACAUUCUCAAGUUGUGGCGAUGGGAUUGGAGCUCAAGAUAAGUCCAAGGCUAUGGCCCUCGCGUUGCUUCAGGACAUAAGAUCCCUAACCAAAGAUGAAGCAGCAAUCUUAGACUCAUGCAAGAGCCCAGGGAUCAAAGAUGACGAACAAAGGCAGAAACUGUUCAUAAAGUACUUCAAGACCUGGGUUCAUGCGGCCAAUGCUCAAAAGUAUUCAACUGCUAGGCCACGUACUAUCCAGCAGAUCGCCGAUGCUCUCACCCAUCACAUCAAUAAGCCCGAAACAAGUCCAUUAUCUGGCAAGAGACUUGCCAUCACCUCAAGCCACCAUUCUGCCCUCGUCCCGGAAGAAUCCCAAGAAGGUGACAUGGUGGCUAUGCUUGUUAACUGCUACAAGCACGCAGUACUCCGACUGAAACAAGUGAACGAUGUUGACCACCUCAAUAACUCAAUUACUAGCGCCUUUGAGCAAGCGAACAUUUCGGAUUGUCUUCAAGGACUAAUGAGGGCACGGUUUAGGGCCGUGGAUGAUGAUGACUAUGAUGAAUGGAUGUUGGUUUGGGAGAAAGCUGCUCAGUCUUUCCCGGUUCAGCAUUGUUUACUUUUAGGGCAAUGA